CGUAGUAGCUCCGUCUCUUACUGCGGACACAGACGGGAUUCAAAAUCACGGUGACAGAAAGUGGACGGUGUUACCCAAACAUUCUCUUUCUACUUGUUUUAUAUAUAUUUUUUUUAUGAUUACAAAUGGCUGUGUGAGUGUAUAGAAAACGAAUCGUUACCGUUUUCACAUGUAGGCCUAUUCUUCUUGAUGCGAUAAGCGGAUAUUUCAGAAUUUCCUGGACUCGGUGAAGAGAAGUACAGGCGCUCAAAAUGAAGUACAAAAACCUGAUGGCGAAGGCGUUGUACGACAACAUGCCAGAGUCCCCUGAGGAGCUGGCCUUCCGGAAGGGAGACAUCCUGACGGUCAUCGAGCAGAACACCGGCGGUCUGGAGGGCUGGUGGCUCUGCUCACUGCACGGGCGCCAGGGCAUCGCCCCCGGCAACCGCCUCAAGCUGCUGAUUGGUCCCAUGUUUGACGGACAGACGCCAGCCGCCUCCCCGCCCCAGCUGUCGGCCUAUCAGGGCCAGGGGGGGGUGUCCCAGGGCCAGGGGCUGUACCAGGUGCCCCCCUCCCACCCCGGCCUGGGGCAGCAGGGCAUAUACCAGGUGCCCCAGGGACAGGAUGUCUACCAGGUGCCCCAGAGGAGUGUCUUGGCUGUGGAUGGUGCCCCGAGCAAGGUGGUGACCCCGUCUCGAGUGGGCCAGUCGUAUGCCUACAGCCACGGCCAGCACAGCCACCAGGACCUGUACGACGUCCCCCCCGCCAGAGCACAGGGGGUGUAUGAUGUUGGGAAGGCCCAGCCAGGGUCAGGACUCUCCCAGGGGGUCUACGAUGUUCCCCCCUCCAGUCAGAUGGACCCACGGGCUCAGGGGGUCUACGAUGUUCCCCCCUCCAGUCAGAUGGACCCACGGGCUCAGGGGGUCUACGAUGUUCCCCCCUCCAGUCAGAUGGACCCACGGGCUCAGGGGGUCUACGAUGUUCCCCCCUCCAGUCAGAUGGACCCACGGGCUCAGGGGGUCUACGAUGUUCCCCCCUCCAGUCAGAUGGACCCACGGGCUCAGGGGGUCUACGAUGUUCCCCCCUCCAGUCAGAUGGACCCACGGGCUCAGGGGGUCUACGAUGUUCCCCCCUCCAGUCAGAUGGACCCACGGGCUCAGGGGGUUUAUGACAUCCCCCCCUCCUCUCAAGUGGUGUUCUCUUCCCCCCCCUGCAGAAACGCUCCAGCAGAGAGUCAGGAGGGCAGCUAUGACUUCCCCCAGCCCCUGAAACACAGACAGGAGGGCAUCUACGACGUGCCCCCCCCCGCCCUCUCCAAACCCUGCCAGACCCCGAGCCCCCAGUCCCACUACGACCUCCCCCCCAGCUCUGACCCCACCCCACUCCACCCGCCCCUUACCAAUGACAAUGAAGGCAUCUAUGACGUGCCCCCAUCGUCGCAGCCCCUGGCGGCGUGCCCCCAUAAAGACCUGUACGACAUCCCCCGGGGGCCCCAGCCUCCCCAGCACAGACCCCCGGCAUCCGACAGGGCCAGGGGGCCGUAUGAGCUCCCUGCUCAGGACGCUGGCGCGCUGGGAGAUGUGACGGACGGGGUGAACCGCCUGUCCUUCUCCAGCACGGGCAGCACGCGCUCCAGCAUGUCUACUUCCUCCACCUCCACCGGCUCCUCCGAGGGCCGGCUGGCCCUGGACCUGGACACGGCGGUGCAGCGGUUGGGCCGGCUGCAGCAGGAGGUGGAGGUCUCGGUGGAGGGGCUCCUGGCUGGCUCCCCACGCUGGAGGGCGUGUCCUGGGGCGGACCGGCCCUCCGAGGUACGAGGGGCGCUGGACCGGGUACGGGGGGCACUGGGGGACUUCCUGGUGUUCGGGCGGGGCGCUGCCGCCAACGCCACGGCCCUGUCCGACCCCAGCCUGCACGCCAAGCUGAGGAGACAGCUGGGCCGCCUGGAGGACUCCCAGCAGAUCCUGCUGAAGACCUACCAGACCCUGGAGAGCUGUGGUUGGGCCCUGCCCAGCCAGGGCCCCUGCAACCUCCCCCGCCACCACAAACGGAGCGACGACCUGGAGCGCUUCGUCAUGGUGUCACGGACGGUGCCGGACGACGUGAAGCAGCUGGCGUCCACGGUGGGAGGGAGCGGCGAGCUGCUGUUCAGACGGCCAGGGGACGGCUCCUGCUGCAGGGGCUCGGUCAGGGAGGCCCUGGUCCACCCCCUCACCUCCCCCCCAACAGACAACCACCACAGCUGCCACACCAAAGCCUUCCAGGGCUCCUCCAGCCUGGACAAGGGCAACAUGGACAACAGUGAAAAGUGUGUCAAGAGCUGGAUGGAGGACUACGAUUACGUCCAUCUGCAGGGGAAAGAGGACUUUGAGCGCCAGCAGAAGGCGCUCCUGGAGAAGGAGAACAUCACCCAGCAGAGCAGCAAAUGCCAGCUGGGCCCAGACCAGAUCAACCAGUUCAGGCAGCUGGAGCAGGAGGUGAUCAAGCCUGUGGAGAACGACAUCACCCAGUGGAUCACCCAGCAGCAGUCCACAGGCCCCUCCCCCCUGCCCUCUGACUCCUCCCCCCCAGCCUCUGACUCCUCCCCCUCCUCUCUUGGGGGCGGGGCCCAUCUGUGUGGGCAUGACCACCAGCUCUUGGCCUUCUACUCAGAGCAGUGCCAGCAGCACUUCAUCACCCUCCUCAACGCCGUCGACGCUUUCUUCGCCUGUGUCUCCGCCGGCCAGCCACCCCGCAUCUUCGUGGCCCACAGCAAGUUCGUCAUCCUCAGCGCCCACAAACUGGUCUUCAUCGGGGACACGCUGUCCAGGCAGGCGGCCACGCCCCAGGUGGCCAACCGGGUGAUGAACUCCAGCAACGUACUGUGUGAGCUGCUGAAGACGGUGGUGGGCGCCACCAAGACGGCAGCUCUGCUGUACCCCAACACGGCGGCCGUCCAGGACAUGGUGGACAGGGUCAGCAGCCUGUCACACCACGCACGGCUCUUCAAGCAGCAGCUGCUGCACAUGGCUGCCUUCUGACCCUUCUGACAAGCUUUGGGUCGUGAGGAGGACAUCUGGAUCGGCUUUCUGGCUCUGCUGGGUCCUGCUUACUACAUCCAUGUGUAUAAUUCUAAAUAUAUAUUUUGCUCAUUGUUGUUAAUCUUAAAAAGUUCCCUUUUUUGCCGUUGUAAAUACGUUUGUUCUUUCCGUUAUGUAAAUAUUUGCUCUAUUUUUGUGUUUCUUUUAUAUAAUUAUGAAAUGAAUAUAUAGUUACACAGUAGCUGUGGCUUUUUAGGAUAACAUGGACUUAUUUUCUUAACAUUCCUGUUUAAUAUUAAGCACCUUAUGAGUUGAGUUUUUUUUCAUUUUCACCUUUGCCUUCUGCUGGACAUGACGGUAGUUAAAUGUCCCCUUCUUCUUAAGGGAGGGGAGCUCUUAACAGACAAGGACUGUUCUCUCUCAGAUGACUGUGUGUUUAUCCAGUGUGGUCAAAACAGCGCUGGAAGACUGGCGACAGCUUGUUUGCUCUGCAGUUGACCAAGCUGAACCUUGUUAAAGUCAGCAAGCGAAUGCUUGGACGUGCACACCCCGCAGCGGCAGGUGCACCCACAAACACAUCCCUGUCUUGUCUGGGUGGAGAGAGAAGGAGCAGGAACUGGAGGCCACAUCACUGGCACAAACACUGACAUGGAGUGACAAGCCUGAUGUUCAAAACUUGCAUUCAGAACAAGGUGUGGUUGGAAUAAAAGGUGUGUCCAGUGGAUAGAUGGAACAAUGUUUGUGUUGUUGCAUUCUUGCCAACAAAGGUACAAGUCUUGUUUGGUUACAUGAAUGAAUGAAUGAUAACAACGUAUGUAACCGGUCUAAAUCAGGAUGUGGACAUGACUACUGUAUUCAGUUUAAUCACCGACCGAAUCGUCCUCCUCGAUCAUUAUAUGAUCU